AUGUUUUUGCGCGACUCAAAAGACUUGCUUCUGCAAUAUCUUCAAGAAUCCUUUACGUCAGCACACUAUACUGCCAGCGCAGUUCUUGCAGGUUUCCUCUUUGCUAUUUUCGGAUCCCUUAUUUUAUUCAUCAUUUUCUGUACACUCCGGCCCCGUCACAAUGUCGUUUAUGCACCUAAAAUCAAAUAUGCUGACGAAAAGACUAGACCCCAACCUCUCAGCAAGCAUCCACUAUCAUGGGUUAAAUAUGUACUUUUCACAGCUAAGGAAGAUGAUUACCUUCAAAAAUCUGGCCUAGAUGCUGUCGUUUAUAUUCGGUUUACUGCAAUGUGUCGUAAUAUUUUUGCGAUUCUUUCAAUAUUUGGUAUUCUUGUCAUCAUUCCUAUUAAUGUUGUAUACAACCGACGAAGUCCAAAUGCACAGAAUGUCUCUAAUUCAGAUGCCUUUAUCCUCACCACCCCUAUUCUACUGAGUGGAAAAGUCACCAUCGCCCACGUUACACUUAGUUAUAUAUUUGAUGGCAUUAUUUGUUACUUUUUAUGGCGCAAUUACGAAAAAAUCAUUGAAAUGCGUCGCCGUCUCUUCUUAUCAGAAGAUUAUCAAAAUGCACUUUUUAUGAGAACAGUUAUGCUUACAGAAGUUCCAAAAGCAUAUAAAACUGAUGACGGGUUGAUUAGGCUUAUGGAAACAAUAAAGCAAGAAUACCAGCGGCCAAUCCAAAAUGCAUCUUGUGGUAGAGAUGUGGGCCAGCUUAACAAGUACUUGAAACGAUAUAACCGGGCAGUACUUAAAUUGGAAUCUGUUCUCGCCAAAUAUUUGAAAAAUCCAGAUAAGUUACCCGAUACCAAACCUUUAAUGAAGCCAUAUAGAGAAGAUCGAAAAUUCCUUCCAGAAGGUACCAAAAAAAUUGAUUCUAUUGAUUAUCUUACAUUACAAAUACAAAAAUAUGAAGCCUUAAUAAUAGAAGCACGAGAGGAUAUUGACACUAAUAAAACAUUGCCAUAUGGCUUUGUUUCAUAUGAAUGUGCCGAAGACUGUCAUUUUGUUGCACAAAAAAUUGCUUCACAUAAUAUCAAGAAGCACGGUCUUAAAGCCGCUUUAGCUCCACGCCCUGAAGAUAUAAUUUGGGAUAACAUUAUUUUAACAACAGCAGGACGCCGGAACAAGCAAUUUUGGGGUAAUUUUUUCUUUUUUUUACUUACAUUGGCAUGGAUUGCACCAAACGCAUUUAUUGGUGCUUUCUUAUCAAAUCUUUCACGCAUCGGUACCCUUUGGCCUCCAUUUAACACUUUUAUUUCUCGUUAUCCAGUUUUGUUUUCUAUCAUUCAAGGUAUCAUUGCACCUUUAGUCACAGCUCUUAUUUUCUUGCUCAUGCCCGCUAUUAUGCGGAAAAUGUCUCAUUGGCAAGGAAAAAUUACAAAACAUGACCGCGAAAUAGAUGUCACUCGAAAAUUAUACAGUUUCUUUGUAUUUAACAAUAUUUUUGUUUUCACACUUUUCAGUGUGGUUUGGGCAAUUGUUUCUCAAAUUAUCUAUUUGGUUAAUACGAGAGAUAAUCUUUCAUUUUCAAUAAUGUUGCGCGAAAUCGACGUUGCUUAUAAAAUUUCAACAGCUAUUAUGAGUGCAUCUUCUUUCUGGGUCAUGUACAUUUUGCGUGUUAAUUUUGGUGCAGUUUUGGAUUUACUACAGAUAUUUUCUCUAGUUUGGCGUGGGUUUCAACGUCAUUUCAUGGCGCCAACGCCUCGCCAACAAAUUAUGUGGACAGCUCCUCAACACUUUAACUAUGCAGCAUAUUAUAAUUGGAUGCUUUUUUACUCUACAAUUGCAUUAUGUUUUGCUAUGGUCCAGCCCUUAGUAUUAGUUGUUAUAACUGUUUAUUUUUCACUGGAUCUUAUCUACAAAAAGUAUGGUCUUAUGUACAUUUUUGUUACAAAAGCUGAGUCUGAUGGACUUUUUUGGCCACUGCUAUUCAAUUCUUUUCUGUUUGCAACAAUUUUUGGAAAUUUAGUUUUAUUCAUAGUUGUAUGGGUUCAAGGUGGUUGGAAGUAUGCUGCAGGUAUGGCACCCUUGUUACCACUGUUGAUAGCGUUUAAAAUUGUUUCAAGUCGUCGACAUAACCCCCGCUUUUUCUUUUUCUUACCAACAGAACAAGAAAGGUCACAGAUGGAUUCUACACGGUCGCGUACUGCUCUUUCAGAUACUUCUUCAACUGCUCUUGCACGUCGUUAUAGAAACCCAGUUCUUGAUUCCCAACUUAUGGUUCCUAUGAUUCAUUCUAAAGCACAACAUAUUCUUCCUCAGAUUACAUCGCUUAAUUCUUUGGGAACUGAUCCAGAAUUAGACCCUGAAAGUGCAUUUAUGUCUAUGGGCAAUGAUGAAAGAAACUUGGAAGCAAAUACUGCUUACGAUCCUGCUCGGGAAGAGUCAGCACCGCGGCAAUCCAGAGUACGCAGUUAUUUCCUCGAUGGCCGGUUUGACAUUGUUGACGAUCAUGAGCUUGAUUAUUCUCAUAUGCUACGCAUAUCUAAAAUUGAGCCUGUUCCUGAUGACCAAAACCCAUAUCUCAAUGCUUCUUUUGGCUCUAAUGACACUAAAAAUGAUGCGGCAAUUGCUGUGGCCCUAUCCCAACCCGAAAAAGAAUGGCACGAUGAUUUUCAAUCAAAUAUUGAACAUCGCCAUUCUUCGGAUGUUGCUUUGGCCCCCACGCCGGACCGUGAGCAUAGCAACCCCUUUUUAUCACGAAACCACGACUAUACAUCGUUGGACGGAGGAGCAGUUACCACACAUUAUUACGGCAACACUGAUUAUUCUCAAGCUCAAGUUAGUCCCAGUAAUAGCCUUAACACUGUAAAACGACGGCCAGUUGUAGGUGCGCAGUACGUUUCAGUUCGAGAUAUUAGCGAAGCUCCAUUUGAAACAUAUGAAUCAUUGGCUCCACUUGCAAGUCACACCCCUGCUUAUCAAUCAGAAAGCUAUAAGGUUCUUCAUACUCAGCAAAGCGAUUUAAGUCUGGCUACUCAAUACACUGCUGGUAACAUGCCCAUUGAUCUCGAUGAUGACGAGCUGUUAUUAUUAGGAAAGAAAACGGAAAAUGACGAAGAAGCCAGGCAUCGUUAA